UAUAAUGCAUUGGGGCCGGAAGCAUGCAGCAGAUUCAAUAGUAUCGGGAUCCACCCUGCAGAAUCGUGCAUGAUCAUCAGAUGUCUUAGUACGGCAGUCUCCACACUUACAUGGUGGCCGUGCACGUCGUCUCAUCAUGUCCGAGCUGAGAUGUUUAACCGUUAGCAGCAUUGCGGUGUAUUGCCGCUCUACGGCGCAACGACCCGUCAUCGUGUCUGGUGUCUGUGUCCUGGAAAUGCAACAUUAAGACCAUGGGUGUUUCCUUACUGUCUCCACGCCACCCGACCCAUCGUCUCCCACAGCCGCAAUGCUCGUAAUGCCCGCGAUGAGCUCGCAGUUUCUGCAGGUUCCCAAGGUGCUGCCCCAUCGCAAGGCGCGAUCGAGGUCGAAAUCAAGAUCAAGGGAGCCGGUAGCCGCGGCAGAGGAGGUGGUGGUGUCGCCGACGAAGCUCCGGCCGCAGACUCCGCCCAUUUCACUCCCAGACGUCGAGGUGAAACCGUUGUCGAAUGGUUUCGGAGCGAUCAACGAAAUGUCGAACGGGUACACCAACGGCCAUAGCCACAAGCCCGACUAUAGCCAUACAAAUGGGUCGUCACACGCCUCACCAGGUCCGGCGGUCGAAGAGCAGACUGGAACCAGCUACGAUGAUCUCAACGAGGAUAUGUACACGCUAGAUCAAUGUGAGACCCCUCCGCCUCCAGAACCACUGCGACACAAGCUCGUGGGCGCAUGGAAGCUAGAAUCAUAUAUCUCAUAUCCGACACCUGGUUCACCCAUUCAGAGACCAACACAUCCAAUGACCAAAAACGUGACUGGCUUCAUCAUGUAUACGCCGGACGGGUAUAUGUCAGCUCAGAUGCUGAUACCUGGACAGCAAAGUUUCAAGCGCGGCGAGGGGGAGGAGCCACAAUGGGCAGAGGCAGGCAAACGGUAUUUCGGUUACUGUGGACCAUACUACAUCUCGAACGAGGGAGCAGGGAGAGAAGAGGUGCUAAGACACACUUUCCAAGUGUGCAACUUGCCCGGCUGGAUCGGCGACAUACAGAUACGGACACACCAUUUCGAGGAGGAUGACCAGGUGCUUGUCCUGGGAAGCGAAGAAGCUACAGAGAUCAAGGUGAGCUGCACUGCUACCCUUGACGUUCUCGAUUUGCUCUAACUUCUCUUCUUCAGGGCGACAAGCGAAUACCGGUGCUCAAAUGGAGGCGUGCCCGAAACAACGCCGACGGCGCUCCGCCACCUCCAACGCCACAGAUCAAGAUUAGUGGGCCCGGGGAGCCCUGACGGGGCCGGCGAGCGACAUGAUUUGGCCGUGGAGAGUCGCUCACGAUGCCGACAAACCCACCACGACCCUACGAACCGGCUGCGGUUGCCACGCGCGACCGAGUCGGCGCACCUGAAACUCACCAGAGACUGGGCGCUUCUAACUUCACCACAGCCAGGAGCUUCUGGUACAUUCGAUCGUUCUUGGCAUACACCUUGGCGGAAUGAUUUUCUU